AUGCAGGGGAACAGAGGUCUUGGACUAUCUGCCCAUGUUAUUGAUCACUGCAACUUGAUCCUCAAGUUCCCUCAGGGCACUAACAACACUUGGUACAAUAAACAGUUCAAGAUUUUUGAGCCACUGGAUUUCAAGUAUAAUGUUUGUGAGGCACUUCUCCUAUGGGAGCAGGUUCGUACUCUUCUCAGGGGAGUUGAUAAGUGUUAUAAUCGUACAUUGUGUGAGGAGCAUCUUAAUGUGAUCCUUCCAGCAAAGCCUCCUUUCCACCCACGACAGUUUCAUAAAUGUGAUGUCGUUGGAAAUUCUGGAGAUCUGUUAAAAACAGAGUUCGGAAAAGAGAUUGAUAGUCAUGUUGCUGUGUUCCGAGAUAAUGAAGCUCCUGUCAAUAAAAAUUAUGGCAAAUACGUAGGAGUGAAAAGGGAUUUCUGA